UCACACAAUCUUCCAUUGCACACUUCUCAUUCCCUCUGCAAAAGAAACAGAUAGUGCCAAAUAACUGACAUAGGUGUAGCCAAGUUGUUCCUUCUUCUCCAAAUCCAUGGAGGAGACAAAGAGGCACACAUGCCUGAAGCUCCAGAUUCCAAAUGCCAACGAAACCAUAUUCGUGAAGGGCACUUGGUUUGACACCCACUUCGACCUCGCCAUCACCGACGGCGUCGCCGCCUGGCACUGCCACGCUUCGGAGGAUGAAGUCAAGCAGCGUGCUGCUCAGUGGGACCAACCAGUUUCUGAGUACGUGGAAAUGUCUGAACGCUACUUGGGGUUUCAGCAACCUGGUUCUGUGUAUGCAUUUGCUGAUGCUGGUGAUGGCCAUAAGAGGUUGUCGUGGACCUUUGAGAAGGAAGGAAUGACGCUGCAAUGGAGAUGGAAAUGUUUGCAGUCUUCUGAUUGUAAGAAAACUACUGCAGAAAUAUUGGACUUUCUAAUGGAUGCAAACAUAACACUUAGUGAAGAAGUUGUCAGAAAAAAUGAAUUGUUUGAGAAGAUGAAAGAGGAAUCUGAGAAGUGCUUAGCCCAAAGUGAGAAGAUUGCCAAAGAGAAGGUCGAAUUUGAAUCUGAAAUCUAUGUGAAGUUUCUGGGGGUCUUAAAUUCUAAGAAAUCAAAACUAAGAGAGCUUCGAGAUCAGCUUUCAAAACAAGAUAAAGCUGAGAAAUCUCCUCCACAAGAGGAAGAAGACACAGACAAAACAGAGAGUUUUGAUGGGGACAGUGAUUUUGACAAAAGCGAUGAAGAAUCUGAAAAGGAUAUUACUAGUUCUUCAAAGGAUGUUAUUAGAGCAAGGAAGCCUUCUGGGCGAAAGAGAACUACUAGACUCACAUGACAUAUUAUCUUCACCAACUAAGAGUUGAUUUCUAACUUGGAUUUGUCAUCUUUACAAAAAUUAGUUAACUAAGAUGAACAUGUGUCACAUAUUUAGUGCCCCCAUAAUCAUAUAGAGCCAUGCAAAUCUUUGUUUUACACAGCUUGUUUGGGUUGGUUCAAGGGAUAAUGUAAUGCUGUCCAUGUUUUUGGUACAAAAGUAUCAUCAUAUUUUUGGUACAAAA